ACAAAUCGAAACUGUCAACAAACCCACUACAGACUGGUUUAUUUCAGACAAAACACGAAGCAAAGGUGUAUUAUAAAGCUUUAAUAAAUGUCGGAUAUAAUGGCGAAUGUUAAAGAGUAUUUAGACAAAGUGACCCAGCUUUAUGAGCGCUAUAUCGAGUAUGUGCGGAAAAACCCAGCGGCAACUGCGCAGCUGGAGAGCACAGUGCGGACUCUGUCAUACCUCAUAGCAGGGCGGUUCACAGACUCACAUGAACUUUCUGAACUCGUGUACUCUGCCUCCAAUCUCCUGGUUUUGUUCAAUGACAGUAUUCUGAGAAAAAGACUGAGAAGUGCCUUCCCUGUGUGUCUAUCGCAGCAGAGGCUCCGGACUUGGCUCUCAGUGCUGGAGUCUGUGGAGGUGUUUCUGGAGAUUGGAGCCUGUAAAGUCGGGGGAGAGGUCGGGCGCUGGGUCAUCAUUGGACUCAUCCAGAUCGUGAAGGCAGUUUUCCGGCUUAUUCUCCUCCUGUGGUACAAAUCAGGCAUCGGGACUUCACCUCCCCUAAUCCCCCUGGACAGGAACACAGACUUUGGAACAGAAGAUGGCGUUAGUGCAGAGCAGCAGGACGACGCCUUUGUGGGUCAAAGAUCAGGACGAGUGAUUCGACCAAUGGGUUCUGGUCCAUCGUUGCAGUCCAGGAUUUGGGGUCCUCCUCAGACCAAGUCCAGAGUUCGGUCCCCAGAGGAACAGCUGCAGAUCAGAUCCACAGACCUGAACUUAAGCCAAAUCACAGCUGAGGCAGUCUACAUCACAAGACCUCUGGUGCACUUGCUGAGUCUCGGUGUUUGUGGGAAAAAAUCGUGGAAACCUUGGCUCUUGUCUGCAAUCCUGGAACUCUCCAGUUUUGCAGUUUUGAAUGACACAAAGUUCCAGACCCGCUGGGAGCGAGCAGAAAUGAGGAGGAGAGGGUUCUUGUUGCUGUAUUAUCUCCUGAGGUCUCCCUUCUAUGACAGAUACUCUGAAGAGAAGAUCUUGUUUUUGCUCAAACUCCUUUCAGACUAUAUUCCUGGAGUGGGGCUUGUGGCUCGCCCACUCAUGGACUACCUUCCCACUUGGCAGAAAAUCUACUUCUACAACUGGGGUUAAAUCUUCAAUUUCUGUGAUCAAGAAAAACUGUCUUUUAAAGGGCCAAUAUUAGGUUAUAAUGUUGUUUCCUCAUCACAAACAUACUUGCAGUUGUGUUUUGUUUCAUUCACACAUGUUUAACACAGAUCAUGCAUAUUUAGGCUGAGUUCUUCUCUCAAACAGAAAACUCUCUGUUCCACCUUGUGAUGUUAUGUGAUAAUACACAAAGUGCUCCACACACCUUCACUAGAAUCAUUUGGAUAGCUUCAGCUAUGGAAUUGCCAUUCUCUAGUGAACAAAAGUUAAAAUGAAAACUACCACUGUAUGACAUCACAAGGUGGAACAGAGCAUUUUGAGCUUUGGAGAUGUAGACAAACUAAUGAUCCUGGAUUACUCAAACAUGUGUGAAUGAAACGAAACACAACUCCAGGCAUUUUUUUGAUGAGGUAACAACAUUAUAACAUGAAAAACUCUCAAGGGUCAAUAUCAUGUAAUAUAGGACUUUAAAAGACUUAAGGUUUCAACUCAUAAUGUAAAAUAUUUGUUAAUAAUGAGUUACAAUUGCCCUGGCCAUUUUAAAGAAAGAAAAAUCACCAAAGGUGCGCUAUGUAACUUCUCUUGUUGUAGCUCAGACACAUGCUCCAUCUCCAUGGAUAACGUAUCGCUUCACCUGGAAUGUUCCACAGUGUGGCAUUAAAAUCAUUAAUUCAUUUACAGGUAUUUUUGUUGCCAAAUAUACCUUGAAAUAUCAUGCAUUCUUACUGAACAGGGCCGCCUCUCCACAGAUAUGAUGAAAGCAACUACAUCUCCUUGCAGACAAGCAGGACACUAGCAAAGUUACAUAAUGCACCUGUAGCAUUUGAAAACAUAGUUAUCAAGAUUAUAUUUAAGAUAUCAUUAAAAAUCUUGCCUAGUCUUUUCUAGUUGUGUAAUAUUGGUGUUUAUAAUAACUUUAUAAUUUUACAUUACUCGGUUGGACACAGGCAGCAGGUAUGACAGAAGUAUUACCUAGAAACCACAAUGUAAG